CAGCUGCGAGGAGGGAGGACAUUUCCUGUUCAACUCUUCCGUGUACAGCAGCUCAGCUGACUGUCAGCCAUGCGGUUCCGUUUCUGUGGAGAUCUGGACUGCCCAGACUGGGUACUUGCCGAAAUCAGCACUUUAUCGAAGAUUUCAAGUGUCAAAAUGAAACUCCUCUGUGCUCAAGUGCUAAAGGACUUGCUCGGAGAUGGCAUUGAUUAUGACAAGGUAACAAAGCUUACUGCAGAUGCAAAGUUUGAGAGCGGAGACAUCAAAGCGAGUGUGGCAGUGCUCAGCUUCAUUUUCUCCAGUGCAGCAAAGCAUGAUGUUGACAGUGAAUCUCUGUCUAGUGAACUGCAGCAGCUCGGCCUGCCAAAAGAGCACACAACAGGGCUCUGCAAAGCAUAUGAAGACAAGCACUCUGCACUGCAAGGCAAACUAAGAGAGACAAGUUUGCGGUUGGGCCAACUGGAGGCUGUGUCCUGGCGCGUAGAUUACACUUUGAGCUCCAGCGAGCUGAGGGAGGUGAAUGAACCUGUGAUUCAGCUAAAACUGCAGACACAAGGAGCAGAGUCAGGUUCCACAGAGAUGACUGUUGUUUCUGUUUCCGCUGACAAGCUAAGAGUCUUGCUGGCAGAGCUCAAACAAGCACAGGCUAGGAUGAAUGCACUACAAUGAAGAUUGGACAAUAAAGUCAGACCUCAUUGUCUGAUCAAGAACUGGACACAAAUGAUGCUGAUGGGCUGCCAAAAGUGCCACACUUACAUCUUGUACAGUACAAUUUUUUAUAUAUAAAUGUAGUCUUCUUAAUGGUCAUGUGAAUGGCUCAUUUCAAAUUUGUAUUGACUGAUAUUUAAUUGUAUUUUUCUACCACAUAAUUGGUAUGAAUGUCUCCAGCCAGAACAAGAAUACUGAGUGAACCAUUUUUGUAAAAUAUUGUAUAUUAAUUGACAUUUUGAUUUGAAUGAUGUCCAUUGUUUGUGUUUGACCUUUUUAUGCUUAUAAAUAACAGAAUAAAUGUAAAACAAUGA